GGACGGACGCCCUCCUUCUCCCCCCGCUUCCCUCUGCAAUACUAGCCAAGACAAUAGGAGGCGAUGAUGGCUCCGAGGGGGCCGGCUUUGCUCGGUUUAUGGCUGCUCUUUAUGCUGCUGUGGGGCGACCAGGUAUCCUGUGAAUAUGGCAUGGUCCACGCCUUCUCGGAGAAGGGAAGCGCCCAAGGCAAGGAUUACUGCAUCCUCUUCAACUCCCUGUGGGCUCCCCUGCCCCACGACUUGGGCAAAGCCUCUCUCCUGCAGCUGCAGAACCAGACGGUGUCCGUCUUGUGCUCGCCUUCCGACGUGCCCGAAGGGGGGUUCAGCAACACCAUCCCCAUGGUGAUGCGGGGCAACUGCACCUUCUAUGAGAAAGUGAAGCUGGCCCAGAUCAACGGCGCUCGGGGACUGCUGAUAGUCAGCCGAGAGAGGCUGGUUCCCCCUGCUGGUAACCGGAGUCAGUAUGAAGAGAUCGAUAUUCCUGUGGCCCUGUUGAGCUAUGCUGACAUGCUGGAUAUCGGCAAGAGUUUCGGCCGGUCCGUGAAGGUGGCCAUGUACGCCCCCAGCGAGCCGGUCUUGGAUUACAACAUGGUGAUCAUCUUUAUCAUGGCCGUGGGCACAGUGGCAGUCGGCGGCUACUGGGCUGGAAGCAGAGAUGUAAAAAAGCGGUACAUGAAGCACAAGCGAGAUGACGGGGCUGAGAAGCACGAAGAUGAGACGGUUGACGUCAGCCCGGUCAUGAUCUGCGUGUUCGUGGUCAUGUGCUGCUCGAUGCUCGUCCUCCUGUAUUACUUCUACGAUGAUCUAGUUUACGGCAUCAUCGGGAUCUUCUGCCUGGCCGCUUCGGUUGGCCUCUACAGCUGCCUUUCUCCAUUUGUCCGGAGGUUCCCUUGGGGAAAAUGCAGGGUUCCUGAUAACAACCUGCCGUACUUCCACAAGCGUCCGCAGGUCCGGAUGCUGCUCUUGGCCCUCUUCUGCGUCGCCGUCAGCGUGGUCUGGGUCGUCUUCCGAAACGAGGACCAGUGGGCCUGGGUCCUCCAAGAUGCCCUGGGGAUCGCCUUCUGCCUUUACAUGCUGAAAACUAUCCGCUUGCCGACAUUCAAGGGCUGUACUUUGCUUCUCUUAGUCCUGUUUGUGUACGAUGUUUUCUUUGUGUUCAUUACACCGUAUUUCACUGAGACCGGGGAGAGCAUCAUGGUGGAGGUGGCAGCCGGCCCGACCGACUCGGCCACUCAUGAAAAGCUCCCCAUGGUGUUGAAGGUACCGAGGCUCAAUUUCUCACCCCUGGCGCUCUGCGACAGGCCGUUCUCACUUCUCGGAUUCGGGGACAUUCUAGUUCCAGGACUCCUGGUAGCAUACUGCCAUCGGUUCGACAUCCAAGUCCAGUCAUCCAGAGUGUACUUUGUUGCCUGCACCACAGCCUACGGCAUUGGCCUCCUGGUGACCUUCGUGGCCCUGGCGCUGAUGCAGAAAGGCCAGCCGGCGCUCCUCUACCUCGUGCCAUGCACGCUCCUCACCAGCUUCGUCGUGGCCCUGUGGCGCAAGGAGCUGGGCAUGUUCUGGACGGGCAGCGGCUUUGCGAAAGAGCUACCUCAUCCUCCCUUGGUGAUCUCCCCUGUCAGCUGCCCCAAACCCCCGAAGGAGGCGAACCCGUUGGUGUCUCGGCCCGAGGCAGACGAGCAGAUGACCAACCCCACCCUCCACACCGAAGAGCCCAACAGCGGCCCAUCAUGCAGCGGGGAACCGCCAGCCUCCUCCCCAGGAGCGGAGGAGCAGACUGAAUCCAGCGAACAGGCGGGGGCCCCCACCCCGUGUAUAGAAGAACAGACUGCUCAGGAGGAAGGCGCUCCCGAAAGCAAGAACCUCCCGGUGGGACAAAGUCAGUCUGACUAGGAUCUCCGGUUCCUCCCCACCCGGCCUCUUCCACUUGUUUUCUCUCCUCUCCCUCCAUCACAGACUAACUCAAGACUAAAACCGAGGACUGGUUUGGUCGCAUCGGCGUCUAGCACAGAAGCCCAUCACCAAUCUGAUCAUCCAGCACCAGGAAAUCUCCGUUUCGGAGUUCGACACAGAUAAUCUCUCUCACUAAUUCCCGCCCCCUGCCCGUCGCCCCCUGCCCCUCCCCUUGAAUAUGGUGCUUAAUGAAGACGGUUCGGGUAGAAUUUCAGAAGUUGCUUAGAAUACGCCAGUUAGCAGAUGCCUUUGUUUUCCCCUUCCCCGUUUCAUAAUGCUGGGGUAGUAUUAUAACAUACUCUUUUUUUUAAGGAAAAAAAAAUGUAGACAGUAUUUUGCGCUUGCGUGGCUGUGAUAUUGCUUUAGCGUAGGUUAGGGCCGCGUGGGAAGAAAGCGUCGUGCGUCUCUGACCUGUAGUUGUUUUCCUGUCCUUUCAAAAUAACUCUCUCCCCCCCCCUUUCCUCUGGGGAGGUUUUGUUUCAUGUUUCUAUGUGUCCGUCCCCGGAUUAGGCACAAACGGACUGGGGAACGAGCUGGCUUCUGGAAAGAAUCUGAUCGAGGCGAAGGGGCUCCAUGCCCAGCCGUAUCUGCGAUGUCAAGAGCGUACGAUAUCCCGGGGAAGGGCCCCCUUGUGAUCAUGGCCUUUAGUAGGCAGAUCUGUUCUGCUUCAGUUCUCCCCUCCCCUCCACUGAGUUAGCAAGCGGAUGGGCUCUUUUUGUA